GAGCUGUAGGGGCCGCGGGGCAGAGGCCGGGGCCGAGCCGGAACCCAGGCCGGGGGCUUCCCAGGGCGGCUCCGAAACGGGCAGUCGAGGCAGGCGAGGGCUCGGCUGCUCCUGCGGGCGUCUGUGCAGAUGCUGAGGCUGUUGUCCAAAACAGCGCAAGGAAGGAAUCCGCGAGAAGCUCAGAUUCGCGGGCGAGGCCCUGCCGCCGGGAGGGGAAGGAGAGGCGCAGCGGGGCUGUAGCGUGGCUCUAGCUGUGCAUCUGUGGAGCUGCAGCCCAGGAGGGAGGCUGCUGGAGGCGCACAUCAGUUACUUUGAAAUGUGGUGGAAAUGGUGAUGGAUGGGAUUUAUUCAGUCCACAUCGGUUCAGAGGCCAGCAAGGUGUUGCUAGGUGUGACUGGUGCUGGGCCAGGCGUGAUUUUGGCGUUGAGGGAGUUGAUGCCCCAGCAGGGGAGACAGGCACCAGAUGCACAACUGUUUGACCGCAGUUGAGACAAGGGCUAAGGCACGGGUUCCAGGAACCUGUAGGAUGCAGGUGUGGGAGUGGUGUCAGAUGCUGAGGGUGUGAGUUGAACGGUGGAGAAUUUCUCUGGAAAUGAGCCAGAGAAAAAGUGAGGUGCCGGGGCAGCCAGCCGUAUGCGGCUCCAGGCGGAAAAAACAGAAUGCACAGACCCUUAGUGGUAGGCGAUGGUGACGUAUAGGAGCUGAAAGAUUGUCCUGGCUAAGGCACAGAGAGCCACCGGAGAAGGGACGCGGUAACGUGUGGAGGGGAGUGGAGGGUGAACAAGCUUCAGGAUGGGAGAAGAGCCACAAAGGAGACUGAGAAGGACUGGUAGGAGAAACCAGGAGGAUGUGUCGAAAACCAAGAGGAUGGCGUUUAAAGGAGGAGGGAGCCAUCAGCAGUGCUGAACGAAAGAGCAGCUGAAAAGAUCCCACUGACCGCAGCAGUCAAGCUUUUGUGACCCUUAGGGGUCGCUGCGGAGGCCGAGCUGGAGCGAGUUAGGAUGCACACCUGGGCAGGUAGAGAUAGCUUGCUCCAGCUUUUAGGAGGACAGGGGCAGAGUGGACAGGAACUUAGUUUGGGGAAAACUUGAACAUGUUCAGGAUGCUGGAGAGGAGCCUUCCGCUGCUGCCGAGGUUGGAGAUCCAACAGCAGGGAUGAAUUUAACUCCCCCUCCCUCUAGCGUGCUGUAUACCGAAACGGAAUCAAAGUGAUCCAUAAGCUUACGUAGUUUAUUUGAUCAACGUGAUUGGCCUGCCAGCCCCGUGUAAGUUGACCCUAAGGACAUUUUAAGAGUAGUUUCUUUCCAUUUUACAUAUGGGUAUCCUUGGUGCCAGAUUAUAUGAGUCGUUUUUCACAAGGUCACAAUUAAAGUGUUUGAGACUUUUUUAUAGUUUAGAGAUUUUAUUUGCUGUUUCCACUGGAUUGUCCAGAUUAUUUCAAGAAUUGUGUACAUUUUAACAGAAAUAAUGAAACCUAGAAAAUGCCUCCCCCCGCCCCGCCCCAUGUACACACUUUAAAAGCUGGCCUUAAUAAUUUAAUUUGCAUGAUGUGGUAAGCCUCAGUGAAGGUUGUGAGCUUGAAGGGCGGCCCUAGUUCCAGUGUAUCCACCUUGAUUAGAUUGACCUGGGUUCAGUCCUGUCUGGGUGCACUCGAGGCUUCUUGCCAACGUCUGGGCUUUUGUUAAUUUGACCUGGGUUCAGUCCUGUCUGGGUGCACUCAAAGCUUCCUGCCAAUGUCUGGGCCUUUGUUAAUUUGACCUGGGUUUAGUCCUGUCUAGAGGGACUCAGGGCUUCCUUCUCUCCCCUGUAGUUUUUUAGUUGACGAGCCUUUUUGUUUCCUAAGAAGCUUUAUGCCAGUUCCCUUUUUCAGAAGAGGUAACUUGGGUCUCAGUCACUUUUGGACACGAAGCACCUAGUCUUUAGACUUAGCUAUCGAUCAUUGCUUUAAUCACUGUUAUUUUAUGGAGAAACCUGUAAGGGGUGACAUCAAAUGAUUGCAGCUUUGUUGACUGGCCAGAGGCCUGUUAAUGGACUAAGCCUAGACCCCAAAGCUUCUCUUGCUGAUUCACAACCAGUGCCUUGGCACCCCCGUGUGGUUCAAGGUUUGCUGGAGUAUCUUGUGACAUCAGACAAUUUGAGUAGAUUGCAGGGGGAUCUUCAUGUUUCUGGAUACCAACUUCUGUCCACUCUUUAGCUAACAGUAGUGAUUCAAAGCCACUUUGAGUGGCCUGGAUCCAUGUGUUCCUGCAUCUGUUCUUCUAGAGUUCCAAGAAAUUAGGCUGCUGGUGUAAUGGUGUUGUCACAUAUUAGGGGAGGCUUCAAGGGGUUAUCGGUAGGAGCUCAAGAUCAGACACCAUCGUAUCUUCCAGAUUUCCCGGUGUGGAGUCAUCAGUUGUAUAAUGCUGGUUAAAUAAUUCAGUCGCCAAAGAGUAUAUUAUUCUGCUGAUUAGUCUUGGAGGGUUUGAGGGUACAAUGUUGAAUUUUUUUAGGUGAAAUUCAUAUAAAAUUAACUAUUUUAAAGUGUACAAUUCAGUGGUGUUUAGUACGUUCACAAAUUUGUGGAACCACCACCUCUAUCUAGUCCUAAAACAUUUUUGUCACCCCGAACGAUAACUGUACCCAUUAGCAGUCACUCCCAACUCCUCCCUUGCCCCAGCCCCUGGCUACCACUCACCUUUCUCUCUAUAUAGAUGUGCCCAUUCUGGAUAUUUCAUAUAAGUGGAAUUGUACAUUGUGUGGCUGGAAUCGCACACUGUGCGGCCGGACUCAUGUGCCGUGCGGCCGGAGUCGUGCGCCGUGGCUGGAGUUGUGCGCUGUGCGUGUGGAGUUGUGCGCCGUGUGGCUGGAAUCAUACACUGUGUGGCUUCUUGUGCCUGGUUUCUUUUACUCAGUGUCAAAAGUUCAUCCAUGUGGCAUGUAUCAAUACUUCAUUCCUUUUUAUGGCUGAAUUAUGUUCCGUUAUAUGGAUAUACUAAAUGUCAUAUAACCGUGGCAGAAUUUUUAAAUCUAGCAAUGAUGACCACUUGCAUAGUAAUCAUGGCUGUUCCUAGUGAUGGACCAUUUUGGGGGCUGCACUUCUGUCUUUAUCCUAAGGUUUUUGAGGUAAUUCUUGGCUUUGCUCAUCCUCCCUUGGGAAGGCUGUCAACUUCAUAAAAAGACUCUAGCUGUAUCUUUUGUCAGCUUACUGUCGGAGACUAUGGGAUCUGCCUUAAUUUAGCUAAAUUUGAUCUUACCAGAGAAUACAACCUUGAAUUUUUUGUUUAGUUCUUUUCAAAAGCUCAGUUUCAGGAAAUAAUGUAGUGAAUAUGUAUUCCAUUGAUUCCUCUAGAAUCUAGAUCAGGGUCGGCAAACUACAGCCCACAGGCUAGCUGUCUGUUUUUGUAAAUUGAGUUUUACUGGAACACAGCCUACGGCUGUCUGCUUUUGCAACAGACCCACAGGCCUGAGAUGGCAGAGAUGGCUGCUGUCUGGAACAUUAAGAGAGAAAGUUGGCUGAGUGAAGGCUUCUGAUCUUCUUCAUCCAUUCUUAAUCUGAGUUCUACCUUCUCCUUAUGAGGACUUUGCAGAUGGGCUUAAGCCAUCUGUGAAACCCCUGAAAUUUUAUGCAAAGCUGCCUGCACAUGUGAGGUCCAUAUAUGUUUUCCUGGAGGGCGGACCUGUGACUCCUCAGAUUCCAAAAGGGAUCCAAGACUCCCAAAUGCUCAACACUGAUUGUUCUGAGUAGCCGAAAUGUUAAUUGCCUAGCCUCACCUGAAUUAGCAGUUCUCUAAGUGUUUAGUCUCAGGAGUUCGAUGUGGUUUUUGGGUUGUUUUUUUGUUUUCUAACUUUUAGGUUCAGGGGUACAUGUGCAGGUUUGUUAAAAAGGUCAACUGUGUGUCAUGGGAGUUGGUGUACAGAUUAUGUCGUCAGCCAGGUACUAAGCACAGUAGCCGGUGGGUAGUUUUGGGAUCCUCUCCCUCCUGCCACCCUCGAGCAGGCCCUGGUGUCUGUUGUUCCUUCUUUGUGUCCACGCCUGCUCAGUGUUCAGCUCUCACUUACAAGUGAGAACAUGUGGCAUUUGGUUUUCUGUUCCUGCGCCAGUUCACUUAGGAAAAUGGCCUCCAGCUCCAUCCAUGUUGCUGCAAAGGACAUAAUCUCAGUCCUUUUUAUGGCUAUGUAGUAUGCCAUGGUAUAUAUGUAGCACAUUUCCUGUAUGUUUUUAAGAAUGAUUGGAACCCCAGUCAUUCUUAAAUGAGAGCUCUUGUUUAUGUGGGUAAUAGUCAUCAAUAUUGACCAUAUUAGAAAUUAAAAUAGUAUUAAAAUAUUUCUAUAAUUAAUUAGCAAUAAUAAACCCAUUACAUUUUUGCAAAUAUCUUAAUGUCUGGCUUGCUAAAAGAUAGGCUCUCAAAUCUCACGUUCAUUUCUGUGAUAUCAUAAGCCUUGCAGCCCACGGAGGCCUCUGCUGUGCACUCUGUGAGAAUGAGCAAGGCCGGUGGCAGCUUAGUACACUCGGGAAGGUAGUUCUGUGGGACUCCUGAAAGGCUUCAGGACCCAGGGUCCCAGAUGCACAUGGGAGAGUACGUAUCUGGACAGCGUUAUCUUAAUGCCUCUGCAGAAUCGUCCUCUGGUAUUUUGGCAUCAGCAUGCUUUUUGAUUGCCUGUCUCAAAAAAAAAAAAAAAAAACUUCUGGAAGCUGGCUCUGCUGUACGUGGUUGGCAUUUUGGUGAGGAAUUGGUAUGUGUGAGGGGACAUUGAACUUUGUGAGGAGCCGCAGGAGACAUUUCCCUCAGGUUUUAGGCCAGAAGGGUCUGUAUCUGUACCACUUCUGAGCUGCUGCAUAAGCUUAAAUCGUCUCAGAAGGACAAGGUCCGCCAGUUUAUGGCGUGCACUCAGGCUGGCGAGAGAACUGCUAUCUACUGCUUAACGCAGAAUGAGUGGAGACUAGACGAGGCCACGGACAGCUUCUUCCAAAACCCAGACUCGUUCCACAGGGAGUCCAUGCGGAACGCUGUGGACAAGAAGAAGCUGGAGCGGUUGUACGGCAGGUACAAAGAUCCACAAGAUGAAAACAAAAUUGGAAUCGAUGGGAUUCAACAGUUUUGUGAUGAUCUGAGCCUGGAUCCUGCCAGUAUCAGUGUAUUGGUCAUAGCAUGGAAGUUCAGGGCCGCAACUCAGUGUGAAUUUAGCAGAAAGGAAUUUCUAGAUGGCAUGACAGAACUUGGGUGUGACAGCAUGGAGAAGCUAAAGGCUCUUCUGCCAAGACUGGAGCAGGAGCUGAAGGACACAGCCAAAUUUAAAGAUUUUUAUCAGUUUACCUUCACCUUCGCUAAGAAUCCAGGGCAGAAAGGUUUAGACUUAGAAAUGGCUGUUGCAUAUUGGAAAUUAGUGUUAUCUGGAAGGUUUAAAUUUCUAGAUCUCUGGAACACAUUCUUACUGGAACAUCACAAAAGAUCAAUUCCAAGGGACACCUGGAACCUCCUGCUGGACUUUGGAAACAUGAUUGCGGAUGAUAUGUCUAACUACGAUGAAGAAGGAGCUUGGCCUGUUCUUAUAGAUGAUUUUGUAGAAUAUGCACGGCCAGUAGUCACAGGUGGAAAACGCAGCCUUUUCUAGGCAGCAAGUUAAGCAGGAGUAAGAUUAUGAAAUGAUUUGUAUCCUGCAAGGAGAUUUCAGUCAGUUCCUGGGUGCACUGUCACUGAUUCCAGAAGUCAUUCUUGACCAGCCAUGAAACCAGAGGAGCCGUCCCAUUCUGCCAGAGGACAGCAGCGGCUGCUUUGUGGACACCGCAGGAAGUUCCUCAGGACACGGCUGCUUUGGGAUGUUUGGAGAUUUAUCAUCAUAGCUAUUGCAUUAGGAAAUUUCUGCAUGAUUUUUUAAUAUUUACAAAACACUAAGGUAGAGCCAUAGCGCCGCCUGUGGGACCGCAGAGCAUGCUGCGUAGUUCGCGCCGUCAGGCGAACCAGCGUCUGGCAGAGCGCUGCCCAGUCGCCCUGGAAACACGGCAUGUGUCCUCUGCAGGAUGCUGCGUUUUUAUACAAGUCAAAGCUGUUAAGAAUGUGCCCUAAAGGAGAUGAUCUUGUCGUAGAGUCUAAUGUUUUUUAAAAUUGGUACCAGGAAUUCAAGAUUUAUAUUUUUUGAAUUAUCGAAUAUCUAGAUUUACCAGCUCUAUUUUUGUUUUCAUUUUCUCUAGACAUUCAUCUGAAAAUCAUUUUAUGGUUCUCAAUCCCCAUGUAGCUUUGCACAGCAACGGCACACGUAGCAUGAUUCCAGCAGAGUUUAUCUCACACCAUUUAUACAUCAGUGGGCCUCUCUUAAUUAAAUAUUAUUUGACCUGCCUGAGAAGCUUCAUAAAGUAUGUUUUUUUAAAAUAUAUUUUAAUUACAUUUAAAAAGACAUUGUUCCAUGAAAAACAUUUCUUUUAUGAGUGAUGAAAUUAUAGAUUCUAAAAUCAGGGCCGGGCGCGGUGGCUCACACCUGUAAUCCCAGCACUUUGGGAGGCCGAGGCAGGCGGAUCAUGAGGUCAGGAGAUCAAGACCAUCCUGGCAAAACACGGUGAAACCCCGUCUCCACUAAAAAAUACAAAAAAAUUAGCCGGGCGUGGUGGCGGGCAUCUGUAGUCCUAGCUACUCGGGAGGCUGAGGCAGGAGAAUGGCGUGAACCUGGGAGGCGGAGCUUGCAGUGAGCCGAGAUCGCGCCACUGCACUCCAGCCUGGGCGACAGAGCAAGACUCUGUCUCAAAAAAUUAAUUAAUUAAUUAAAUAAAAUAAAAUUGGUGCCAGGAAUUCACGAUUUAUAUUUUUUGAAUUAUUGAAUAUCUAGAUUUACCAGCUCUAUUUUUGUUUUCAUUUUCUCUAGACAUUCAUCUGAAAAUCAUUUUAUGGUUCUCAAUCCCCAUGUAGCUUUGCACAGCAACGGCACACAUGGCACAAUUCCAGCAGAGUUUAUCUCACACCAUUUAUGCAUCAGUGGGCCUCUCUUACUUAAAUGUUAUUUGACCUGCCUGAGAAGCUUCAUAAAGUUUUUUAAAAAUAUAUUUUAAUUACAUUUAAAAAGACAUUUUUCCAUGAAAAACAUUUGUUUUAUGAGUGAUGAAUUGUAAUUUUAAAAAUCAAGGCCGGGCGUAGUGGCUCACACCUGUAAUCCCAGCAUUUUGGGAGGCCGAGGCAGGUGGAUCACCUGAGGUCAGGAGUUUGAGACCAGGCUGGCCAACAUGGUGAAACCCUGUCUCUACUAAAAAUACAAAAAUUAGCCGGGCGUGGUGGCACAUGCCUGUAAUCCCAGCUACUCAGGAGGCUGAGGCAGGAGAUUCGCUUGAACUCAGGAGAUGGAGGUUACAGUGAGUCGAGAUCGCGCCACUGCUCUCCAGCCUGGACGACAGAGUGAGAUUCUGUCUCAAAAUAAAUACAUACAUACAAUAAAAUCGAAUGAGUUGGUUCUUUCCACCCUCUUGUGGUGCCCACAGUGCCCAGCAUCCAGACCUUUGUGCCCCUGUGCACAUUUGGAAGCUAAAAUGUACAUGGUUGUCCAAAAAAACCCAGCCCCAAAACCUUCAUCUGAUUGGUGAGCUGAAGUCUGUCCUUGCGCCAUGUUAUCUGUUUCUCGUGUCCACCUGGUCGAGGAGGACCCACGAGUGCUGCCCAGGCGUGGAGGGCUGGUAUUGAGUUGUGGACAUCACUGCUGACCCUACCUCACGUGCCGAGACUCUCAUGUCACAAGUGUGCCUUGCUGCCCCCUGCAGCACCGUGCAGGACGUGGACCAGCUGGAGCUGCUCCCCAGCAGAGAGGAGAGUCGCUGCAGACAACCUAGCUGCGGUGUAAGAGAGCAUGGCCCAGACAUGCAGCUGGGUUGGCUUCUGAGAACAGGACUCACCCUGGGCUUCAGGAACAUCUGAUGACUGAGGUUCGUGCGUUUGGUGGCUGUAGGACGAACUGUCGAUGCUUCUCAGCAGAGAUGGUCACAGAGGGCAGCAGGGACAGGACUGGAAGGGACCUGCAGCCUACAGACCCCGCCUGGCCCCCGCUGGCUUCUGGCUGGUCCAGUGAUGGGCAAGUGACAGAUCUUCCCCAGGCUCUGCUUCCAGAACUCUAAUGGGAAACUGGGCCUGUCUACCUUUAGAAGUCUUCGAUUCUCAGAGAGCAUUUGUCUAAUACAACAAAAACUGGCUUUAAUAAAAACCUCAAAAAUGUGAGCGCAUCUUCUAGGCUUCAUGGAUUCUUGACAUGUAAUUGUUUUGUUCAGAAAAGUUCAUAGAAUUCAGAUAAUUCUGUAUAAAUUAUGGAAAUGCACAGUACUUUUUUGUUUUUGAGAUUUAAAGUUCUAAGGGAUUGUCAAUAGAUAUCAAAAUAUUAAUCAUUGGACAAAGGCUUUUCCAAAAAUUGUGGGGUUUUUUCUUCUGUUGUAUCCAUUUGAGUCCUGCAUGCUGUGAAAUGCUGAGAACAGAAGCAUUAAAUUGGUUUUUCUUGGG